CGAGAUUGUUGCUGCGAUCGCUUCCCAACACGAAACGGAGGAAAUGCUUAUUUACGACCUUCCGAUUGCGAUACUGGCCAGUGUCUUUCUCAGCUUGGAUGUGAUUUCUCAGUUACGGAUGAGUCAACGUCAAACAAGGUGCACAAACCAACAAAAAACCUACAUUUGAAAACAGGGUUCUUCAUCCGGCUCAACUACAUAAUUGGGUGUGCGCCUUGUGGAAGCUGAUUGCGCGCGACUAUCUGCGCAAUCGUCAUAUCAUCUUUGUCAUCCCUGUGCCACGGUUCGCCGCCGGGGAUGACUCGAUCAGUUCUGCUUUGGACCAUGUCACCGAUUAUAAGCUGCGAACCAUCCUGGAACGAGUCAUUUCCCCCAAAACACGAGCGCUGGCAGUGGUCGACGAACGAACGCGUGAUAACCGAAAGAAGUGGAGCAAACAAGGCCGCGGCAUCGCCACGAAAAUGCAGACGAUCGUGAAUGUGCUGCAGAAUAAAGAUCUUCGCCUGCCGCUUAUCGUUGCCAAGAACGGCUACGAGACCCGAUUGGCCGGGAGCCGCUCUUUCUUGAUGCUGGGAAUGAACGAGAAGACUCGGCAGUUCCAUUGCCGUUUGCUGACGCAGUGGAUGACCGUGUGCGAGACGCUGAUGCUGAUCAACUAUACCGCCUCCUCCGAGGGCACCGGCUACCGCUCCCUGUGGCUGUAUAGUGCCGGUCUGACGCAGCCGGCAGGCGAAGCGGCGUUUCUGCGGAAUGUCGAUGCCGGUCGCCUGGAUGUGACGAUUCCGUUUGUGCGCUUCGUCGGCACGCAGACAUCCGCGGAGCUGUGCCAACGUUUCAUCAGCGCGGCCAACAACAGCUGUCCGGCCGUUGCGCAGCGAACGCUGGAAAAGGUCACCGCGAUACAUGCGCGCUGGGUGCAGACAUUGGACUAUCCCGGUCAGUGGGUCGGGAUUCGCGACCUCUUCCAGAUGUUCAAUGGCACUCAUCCCGACGGCCGUCCGCAGCGUUGGGAUGUCGUGGACUUGCGCCAACUGGAUGUGUCCGUAUUGAACCAGUUAACCUUUGCCGCGCUCGAUGUGUACUACAAUGACUGAAGCAUGUGA